AUGACGAUCGUCACGCCCGCUUGCGCUUUAGUCAAUCGCAUCAGCACGAUGGCCAUGAAAGAAGCUUCAGAGCCGUCCCCACAAGCCCACUUUGAACUGUUGCAAAUGAUCGACCAGCUUAGAGCAGCAGUGGAAACCCCAACAGAGACCGUUCUGCGCCUCAUAUACCAGCCCCCGCAAAAUGCAGCGUUGCGCAUUGUAAUAGAGUUGGGUAUCUUCGCCGUGCUGGUGGAGAAGCGGCACAGAGAGACGGGAGUGUCUGCCACUCAACUGGCCGAAUAUACGGGCGCCGAGCCUGAAUUGAUUGUCCGUUUGAUGCGUGUCAUGACAUCGCUCGGGCUUUGUGCCUCGACCUUGGAGGUCUAUGUUGCCAAUGAGAAGACCGUGGCGCUCACCCAACCGAUCGGUAGAGACGGAAUCCCAUGCAUAUAUGACCUCACGGUGCCAACGCUGAGUAAAUUGCCCGAGUACCUCCGAUCUCAUAACUAUGCGAACCCGCGAGACUAUACUCACUCGCCCAUGCAGUGGGCAGUGGGCCAAAGUCAAUUUGAAUGGCUGGCAAGUAAUAAACACCAACAAACGUUGUUCAACUCUUACAUGGCCAGCCGCCGCGAGGGCAGACCCAUGUGGUUCAACACGUACCCUGUUCAGCGACUCCUUGGUGAUGCUGUGCCAUUUGAGGAUACCGUAUUUCUGGUCGAUAUUGGAGGCAAUCAGGGUCACGAUUUGAGCAAGUUUCGCAGCGAAUUUGUUCAUUUACCAGGACGAUUGAUUUUGCAAGACUUACCCAAAGUGGUCGAAGGGGUCUCCGGUCUAGAUGCUGGGAUUGAGGUGAUGGGAUACAGCUUCCUGGAUCCCCAGCCCAUCCAAGGAGCGCGAGUGUACUACUUCAGAGCCAUCUUCCACGACUGGCCUGAUCAUAUAUGCCAGAAGAUUCUGCGUAACACCUUGUCAGCUAUGAGUCGGGACUAUUCACACAUUCUGAUCGUGGACUUCAUUUUGCCCAAUACUCAAACUGCGCUGAUACAAGCUUCGAUGGACAUCCAAAUGAUGAGUAUAGGAGCUGGCGUUGAAAGAUCCGAGCAGCAGUGGAAAGAUCUAUUGCACAGCGCUGGGCUAGAAAUAGCCGGGAUUUGGAACCAAAAUCCAGGGAUGGAAUCGGUGAUCGAAGCAGUUCCAAUUACGGCAAAACAGUAA